AUGAUGGCUUCGUCGCAUGCACAGGCUCUAUCUCCUGCGGACGGCAUGCACGCUCCGUUUGGGUCGACCAUCUCGACAACUGCGCAGGCCGCAUUGUAUCAUGGUUCAAACUCAUUUCCCCCACCCCAGGAGAUGCCUGGGCAUGGCGACACGCUUCAGCAUGGCUCGAAUUCCCACCUCGGUCCCGGCGCCCCACAAGAGGCGCGCUGGGCGAUGCUACCCCAUGGCGAUCUUGCACCCGAGAUCAACCAUGCGUCGUUGCCAGGGAAAGACAACGAUGCAGCGCUGAUGAGUGUGUUAUCUGCCUCGGCUCCGGCGCCUUCCUUUACCGUGAUGCGCAGCGAGACGCCGAUUCCCGUGCAAAAUAUGCUCCUCCCUGCGGAUCUCGCGCUGCCACAGCCCAACACCCAUAUGGCGAUCGCUGGCGAUCGUGCGUCACUGCAAGUAACACCGAUCCCCUACGAUUUGCAAGAUGCGCCUGGCCAAGCACCCGCGUCAUCGCAAGAUGCACGCCGUAUGGACAAUGCGCAGCUGCGCAACUUUUUGAAACUGGAUGUAGACAUGGGCUUUGUCGCCGACGAGCGCAAUGCGUCGCCGAAUCUUCUCCAGCCAGUAUUCGGCUGGAAAAAGCGCCGCUCUGUGUCGGAUGUCGGGCCGCGUACACCUUCGUGGCUUGGCCUCGCCGCAGACAAUGCCGUAUCGCCGAUGGACGAACUGCCUUUUGAAGCACCCACGCGCGACUCGGCGCUCAACUUUGAGGCGCUCCAAAUCCGCGUCGACGAACAAAAACGGCCGGAUAUCUCCAUCACGACCCCUGCUGAUGCUGCACAGACCUUGCACUCGCUUUCCACGUCCACUUGUACAGCCCAUACAGACUACGUUCCUAUUCCUGGGAUGCCCGCGCAGCACUCGGCUUCCCCUCCAUUUGUACAGACGCAAUCUACGUACGAGCCGCAUACCGGCCCUGUGCGCUCCAGGGCAGGAACGCGGUCCCCACGCUCUUCUAGUCCUUACGCCACGCCCAUGCGGAGCGUCACGCCAGAUGCGCCUGAGCUGCACUUCCAAGUCAACGAACAGGACGUGGCCACCGCUCGGAUGUCGCAAUGGCGCUUCCCUUGUGCGAAUCCGUUGCAGGAUACGCUGCAUCCCAUGGACGCCAUCACGCGUAGACAGGACUUGCUCAGCGUACCGGACAUGGAGAUGCGCAGCCUUGGUAGGGUCGGCCGCAGGCAUCUGCGCACGGCCAUGUCGGAAGACUUGCAAGCAAGUACGCGCUCGACAAUGCACGGCAUGGGGCACUCGAUGGACUGGCAGAAGCCGCCCGUUUCGUCUGUGAGUAUGAUGCAAAUCAACCCUGGCUUUGCGCCGGAGAUGCACAACCGCAGCCUUUCUCCCGAAAUGGUGCGGUGGGCGACGCAGAACAUGUCUGGCAUUGCUCUGCAGGAACAGCAAUUGCUCGCCAUGAACCAGGAAGCACUUAACUCGGGCCGCACGACGCCGAUCCGCAGCCCGACGCCGGGCGACCUGAGCCCCUCGCCCUCCAGCACCAUUCCUUCGCCAUCGCCUUCCUCUGAUAUGACGCCCCUGCGCGCUGCACAAACGCGCACGCCUGUUGUGACGACCAGUGCGGCACAAGCUGCGUCUGCAUCGCGCCGCAAAGCCGAAGCGGUGUUUACCUGCCCGUUCCCCGACUGUGGGUCCACAUUUACGCGCCAGUACAAUUUGCGGGGGCACAUGCGCUCCCACAUGGACCAGCGACCGUUCAAGUGUACGUGGCCGGGGUGCGGCCGCAGUUUUGCUCGCACGCACGACUGCAAACGCCACCACAAUCUCCACCUCAACAUCAAACCGUACACGUGCGAGGGCUGCGGCAAGACGUUUGCACGUCUCGAUGCGCUAAACCGCCAUAACAAGAGCGAAGGCGGCGCGUGUGCGUGCACCGAGACAGACGAAUAG